AUGCAUCCCUGCAGUGCAACCACCACGACGCCUUUUUCCGUGAAGGAUAUUUUGAAGCUGGAGCACCACCAUGACUUUGGAAAUCAAUUCCUGACGACUGAUCAGGUGGUUCCGAUGAACUAUGAUCCCGUGCGCGGUGCCUCCAGGAGCCGGGACGUUUGGGAGUGCCCACCUGAGCCCUGCGUGUCUGGGACGCGGGAGAAGCUCUCAGCAGCAGAAGAGGAGAUGAAUGAGCAGGAGAUACGCGGUAUUGACAGUUCACCCGACUGUGAGAAAACCACCAGAAGCAGAGCCAGGCCGCGCAGGAAGCCCCGAGUCCUCUUCUCCCAUUCCCAGGUGUCCGAGCUGGAGAGGCGCUUCAGGCAGCAGCGCUACCUGUCCGCCCCGGAGAGAGAGCACCUGGCCCACAUGCUGGAACUCUCCUCCACACAAGUCAAAAUAUGGUUCCAGAACAGGAGGUACAAAUGCAAGCGCCAGCGGCAGGACAAGUCCCUGGAGCUGGCGGGGUAUCCGCCCGCGGUGCGCAGGGUGCCGGUGCCGGUGCUGGUGCGGGACGGGAAGCUCUGCGGCGCGGGUUCCCAUUCGGCAGCACCUUACAACGUGACACUGGGACACUAUAACCCCGUGUUUGGAUACGGAGCCGGCACCGUGUACGGUUAUCACAGUGUGUCACCUGCAGCAGCACAGAUGGAGUUAACGGGGAACAGCCAGGGGCCCUUCGGCCACGGACACUUGCAGGCUUCGUUACAGGGUCUGAGAGGCUGGUGAUUAGAGCAGGAACAGGGCCGGU